UGUCUCUUGAUCUCUCUUUGUUUGAUUGCUUCGAAGUUAUCACUUUCCUUCCAUAUGACUUGCUUACACUUAUGGUCCCACCGACUCUUGUCUUCAUUGCCGAUCUGAGUCUGAUCUGAUCUCUUCUUCUUCUUCUUCUUCUUCUUCUUCCUUUCUUCCUUUUGUGUGUUCACCUCUCUCUUGUUAAAUCUGCAUUUAAGAUUUUUCCUUUUAGCUGAGUGAACCAAAAUUAUUUUAAUUUUUAUUGUUGAGACAAGUCUUCCCUUUUCUUAAUUCAAAGUCUUCAACACUUGAAAGACAUUGGUUUUUUUUUUACUUUACUUAAGAGAGAAGAACUGUUUCAACUUCUUUUUUUUUUGUGUGUGUGUCCACUCAUCAAAGCAGAAAUCUAAAGUUGGAAAAAAGGUGGAUCAUCAUUGGGAAUUAACAACAAUUUUGUAUUUGUGGGUUAUCUUUCACUUUUUCUGUAGGUUCUUCUUGCUGCUGAGCAUUAAUGGGUGAUAUGGAAGUUGGUGUUGCCACUAUUGACGAUAAGGGAUUCUAUGGCUUGAGGGAGGAGACACCGGUAAAGGCAGUGUCUUCAUCGAACCCGAGCCUACAAGUGUCGGUUUCAUUUGGCAGGUUUGAGAAUGAUUCACUUUCAUGGGAGAAGUUCUCAGCUUUCUCUCCAAACAAGUACUUGGAGGAAGUUGGCAAGUGUGCAACUCCAGGAUCAGUAGCUCAAAAGAAGGCUUAUUUUGAAGCUCAUUACAAGAAGAUAGCUGAGAGGAAAGCUGAGAUCAUGGAUCAGGAGAAGCAAAUGGACAAGAACGGAUCUUUUAGAUCGAUCGUUUCAGAUCAGGAGAGUGUGGAACACGAAAACGGCGAGUCGGUGGCAGAGUCUGAGGUUGAUGAUGGAUCUAAUGAGCAGUUCACUUGUGAUGAAGAUAAGCAUGUGACUGACAUUGCUGUUGAAGUGAAUGAAUUGAGUGUUGAUGAGGUUGUUAAUGAAGAUACUGUCAUUGUCAAGAAAUGUCAAAGCUCGGUUGAUCAUGUGAAAGAAGAUGUCAAGGACUGUGUGGAGAGUCCAGUAUUGGAGAAAGCAGAAGAGAUUGCUUUUGUGGAGGAGAGACCGGAAGUGGUGAUCCAUGUGCAGGAGGAACCAGAUGAGGUUUCACAAGUUGAGGAUGUUUCAGAGACAGGAGUAAGAGAAGAAGUGAGAGAGGAAAUAGUAAUAUCAAAAGAUGAUGGUAAGGAUUCAAAUGAAACGCCAAUGAAGGAGGUGAAGAAAGAGAAGAAGCCUAAUCUAAUUAAGAAGAGUGAUGCAAAUGUGCGGACUAAUCCUACAAGAAGCUCUCCCAAGCCUAAUCAGGUGACGAGAAAACCGGAAGCUAACAAGACUGUAACAAGUAGGAAAACUCCACCAAGCAAGGAGAUCAGAAACAUGAUGAAGGCAACAAAGAUACCAGCAGCACCAAUCUCAAAAGCCCCACAAGGGUUUUCAACUCCAAGAGUGUACAAGCCAGCUUCACAAAACACUUCAUUGUCUACAUCCUACUCUUCGUUAAAGAAGGAAACUCCAUCAGCUUUACUGAAAAAGAAACAAACCGCUCCAAAGUCAUUGCAUAUCUCUAUGAAUCUUGAUCCACCUGCUUCCGAUCCUACUGCUCUUACAAGCACUAGAAAGUCACUGAUUAUGGAGCGAAUGGGUGAUAAAGACAUUGUGAAACGUGCUUUUAAAACAUUUCAAAAGAGUUUUGACUUCAAAAAUUCUGUCGACGGUGAAAACACGGCUCUUAAGCAGAAUAAUGCAAAGGCAACUAGUAUUCCAUCAGUAGCUACUCGGCCGAAGGAAAAGGGCAGGCCUACAAAAGCAAGUAUCAUGGAGAAGAGUAGUGGUACUACUGCCCAUCGUUCUCCAUCUCAUGGACUUAAAAGCAAUGAGACCGCUGAGAAACAACAAAAGGAGCUUUCCAAGUCUGGUGCAAGACCUGUAGAGAAGACACGCUUGCAGAAGAACCCAAAGCAGGCAGGAGUGAAUGAUGCCAAAACCAGGAGAGACUCUCUUAAUCCGAAAGCAAAACCCAUGCAGGGUUCUCUUCCUGUGCGGACCUUACCAAAAGGCUCUUUAGACAAGGUGUUAUGAUAGUUAUAUCGGUCCGGUUUUAGUCUGAUCUUCUGGCAAAGAUCGCCACCAAUGUUGUUCCAUCAGUGUUGAGGUAAAGAGCCAAUGAUCUUGUUGUUAUAUAGAGAAGUCUGUAGUUGCCAGUAUUUAUUUUGUGGAAGUAGUAUGAGUAAUAAUAAGGAAUAGUUAUAUUUUACAGUUCCCUGUGUAUGUGUAUAGACUCCCAAUGAUUAUGUUGUUAUCUAAACAGAAAUGAAUCGCAUCAAUCUACAACCCCCAUUAUCUAGAA